ACUGUUGUGACAAACAUGACAGAUAAUGAAGUGUGUUUGAAAGGAGAAUUCACUGGUAUUCAAUGGGAUCUGACUGAAUGUGUUGAAAUAACGGAGCAAAACUCUUGUGCAUCCACACACACCGUUGUACUGGACACAUGUAACUACACAAUGAAUGUUGCUCUGCCCCCAGUCAAGCCUCACAUAACCUUCAAUGAAACUAUUCCCUCUCAGUUUGAAUGGAUGAAUAAACCAGAACGAUGUAAUGCUGCACUGCUUAUCAUCAACUGCAUCAAUAAUGAGAACAAAAAGGGCACAGUUUAUGGUUUAAAUACCCCAGUGUCAUUAUUACCAGACACACACUACAGCUGCACUGGAGAAUAUCCUCAUGAGAAACAACCCAUCAAGAGUAAUGAGCUCGACAUUCAGAUCAAAUGUGAUUGGCAAAAGAAUGGUCAAUUUCAGCCCCUAUCCAGCAGAUCAUUGGAAAUCUCCUGGACUUCACUCGAGGGAGAUCGAUGCUCAGGGAUUGAAUGGGACAGUUAUUCAGCCAGCUGCAAAACACCUGACAGACAUGGAAACAAUCAUCCUGGGAGCUGUACACAAGACAGUGGCACUAGUACAGUCUGUAGUAUUACUGGAUUAUUGCCAUAUACAGACUAUGCAUGCAGUAUUACUGGAACAAUCAAACAAACAAAUUAUGUCAUUUACACUGUUUACAGUAAAACACAUUCUGCUGAGCCCGAUUUCAGAUCACAAAUUGAAGUAACUCACCCUUCUCACAAUUCUCUUGAAAUAAAAUGUGAAAACAAGGGACCAAAGAUAGUCUGGAAUGGAGGAGAGGGAACAUUUGAAGCUGAAAUCACAUACAAUGGAGAACCUCUAAUCACCAAACACAAAACUAAAUGUUCAUUUCAUUUUCAAAAUCUUUACUACCUUACAACAUAUAAAAUUCAGAUUACAGCCAAGAAUAAAGAAGGACAUUUAGCUUUCAUUACCUCUGAAGCUACCACUCGGUAUAACGUUAAGGCUGUAUUUGGAUUCCGGGUUUUCCUGGGUGUUGUGACAUCAAUUGCACUCCUGUUUGUGUUCUUCGAAACGUACUUUCACAAAAGAAAACGUGAUAAAGAAGAUGGAGAAGAUGAAGAUUGUAUGUGAAUGUUCCUAUGCAUGUACACAGAAUGGAGACCAAACAACAGACGAGGGAGUGAAUAUGAAUGGCUGCAGUUUUAUGGACAAAUACUGUGUUAAAAUUAAAACCCGUGUAUCAUCAGAAUAGAUGACUGCAUAUCCAGAGGAAGCUCAACUUUUGGACAUUAUUUACAGUGACUGCAAAAAAAAGUAUUUUUAUGCUUGCGACACACUUGAAUGUAAUUUCUUAAAAAUAAAAGAUUUUGUUACAUUAUAUAAUGAUAGUUGUCUUUAAAUGUGAUUAAAUCCAUCCAAAUACUCUUUGGCGACAGAAGGGUGUAAAUUCAUUACAUUUUCUGUCAGCAUUUAAUGUUAAAGUUUUGUUUAAAUUAAUUGUUUGCCACAACCUUGCCUAACAGUAUUAUGUUAACAAAUGAUUGGACCAUAAAUGCAGUGCAGUACAGAACUGAGGUUUAAAUACCAGGACAUCUUCACUUGUCUGAAAAGUUUAACAAGAUGUGUUCCGGACUGACACAACUACAAGAAUUAAGAGCCAAUGGAUGCAGACAAGACAUUACAACUUUAUUCCACAUAAUUGUUUACAUCAGUUAUGUAGUUUAGUAGUGAAUAUAUUCAAAACUGAAAAAAGGAAUACAUUUACCAUGCAUCAUUUACUAUUAUUAUUUGGCAUGUAUCAUUUCAUAUAGCCAUGUAUUAUUUGUUUUAUUUGCCUAAGUAUAAUAUCAGUAGGCUAUAUGACAAUGAUAUCCUGUUAUACAGUAUAAGCUCAGUCUACUAUUUCAGUCACCAUAGAAACUCUCAUUGUGGUACAUUCUCAGAAUACAGAAUAGACUGGUCAAUGAAUGCAUUUAAAGAUACAA